AUGAAAAUAGCCAAAAAAGACGAAGAUUCAGGAGAUUUAGGAAUAUUUUAUCUCCUUGACAAAUCUACUGUACUUCAAGAAGCUCGUGUUUUCAAUGAAACACCAAUCAUUCCAAGAAAAUGUCGCCUAUUACUUACAAAGAUUAUAUAUUUAUUAUAUCUUGGUGAGCCAUUGGCAACUACAGAGGCUACAGAACUUUUCUUCGGUGUAACAAAAUUAUUUCAAUCUAAAGAUAUUGCUCUUCGUCAAAUGGUAUAUUUGGUUAUUAAGGAAUUGUCUACUGUUGCUGAAGAUGUUAUUAUGGUUACUAGUAGUUUGAUGAAGGAUAUGCAGCCAAAAUCUGAAGUAAUUUAUCGAGCAAAUGCAAUUAGAGCACUUUGCAAAAUUAUUGAUGCUUCAAUGCUUCCAAGCGUUGAACGUUUUCUUAAAGCAGCUAUUGUUGAUAAGACACCAUCAAUAUCAUCCGCUGCAAUGGUUUCUAGUUAUCAUUUAUUUUAUUCAGGAAAAGAUGUGAUUAAGGGAUGGGCAAAUGAAACAGGAAAUGAGGCUAGUGUAGAUCGUUUAAUGAAACAAAUUACAGGAUUCAUUUCAGAAAUUACAGAUGAAUUUAAGGUGAUUAUUGUAGAUGCAGUACGAUCUUUAUGUCUUAAAUUUCCAUCAAAACAAGUUGUUAUGCUUGGUUUCUUAAGUGGAAUUUUAAGAGAUGAAGGUGGAUACGAGUUUAAACGAGCUGUAGUUGAGGCUAUAUUUGAUUUGGUUAAAUUUAUACCUGAAUCCAAAGAAACGGCUCUAACACAAUUAUGUGAGUUCAUAGAAGAUUGUGAAUUUACAAAGCUUUCUGUACGUGUACUUCACCUCCUUGGAGUUGAAGGACCAAAAACUACUACACCUACAAAAUAUAUUCGUUAUAUAUAUAAUCGAGUGAUUUUAGAAAAUUCUACUGUAAGAGCUGCUGCUGUUAGUGCACUUGCGAAAUUUGGCGUAAGUGUAGAUGAUCCAGAAGUAAAAAAAAGUAUAAAAGUUUUACUCACUAGAUGUUUAGACGACAACGAUGAUGAAGUAAGAGACAGGGCAACAUUAUACUUAAAAUUAAUGGAAGAUGAAUCUGGCGCUGAAAAAUAUGUUAAAGAUGAUUCUACUUAUUCACUUGCUGCACUUGAAAGACAAUUGGUGCAAUAUGUAAGCAAUCCAGAGUCAGCAGAAAAACCAUUUGACUUGUCGUCUAUUCCUAAAAUCACUAAAGCUCAAGCUGAAGCUGAAAAUUCACAACCUCGAAGCUUUGAUUUGUCAGCUACGCAAACUAUUGGAGUAUCAUCACCCGUCGUUUCAGGAAUUGUUAAUUCUUCAAUUAUUAGUACUAGUAGAGAUGCAACCCCUACACCAGGAGUUGAUCAACAACAAGUUUAUGUACAACAAUUGGAAAGGAUACCUGAAAUAGCAGCAUUUGGAGUCUUAUUCAAAAGUUCUAAAGCAAUUGAACUCACAGAAAGCGAAACAGAGUAUGUUGUUAGUUGUAUUAAACAUAUGUUCAAUGAACAUGUAGUCUUUCAGGUUGAAGAUAUUGAAGUUGUUACUGGUGAUUAUGUUGUUCAGUCAUAUCUUAGUGAUUUCCAAGCUGCUUGGGAACAACUUGGUGAAGAUGGACAAGUGGUUGAAACAUUUGCAUUAACAGCAAUUAAAAGUUUGAAAGAUAGUGGAACACCUCAAUCAAAUAACGUACACACAUUAUUGUUAUCUGGUGUGUUUUUGGGUGGUAGUAAAGUCCUUGCAAAAUGUAUAAUGACAUUUGCCCAAAGUACAGGUGUAACCAUGGAAUUAUCUAUUAGAUCAGAAAAUGAAAAUAUUAGCCGAUACGUUAUUGGGGCUGUUGUAUGA